AUGUACCGACACGAUGUAGAAAUGGAAAUGUACCGACACGAUGUAGAAAUGGAGAUGUACCGACACGAUGUAGAAAUGGAGAUGUACCGACACGAUGUAGAAAUGGAGAUGUACCGACACGAUGUAGAAAUGGAGAUGUACCGACACGAUGUAGAAAUGGAGAUGUACCGACAUGAUGUAGAAAUGGAGAUGUACCGACACGAUGUAGAAAUGGAGAUGAACCGACACGAUGUAGAAAUGGAGAUGCAACGACCCGACCAAAAAGAAGAGAGGUACCGACAUGAUAUCGAAGUAGAGAUGUACCGACAUUAUAUAGAAGUAGAAAUGUUCUGA